GGGCGGCCGCGUGAUUGGCUGGGGGUCACGUGACGUGCCCGGCCGGGCCUCCCAAGAUGGCGGUGUGUGUGGCGGUGAUCGCUAAGGAGAAUUACCCUCUUUACAUACGCAGUAUCCCCACGGAGAAUGAGCUGAAAUUUCACUACAUGGUGCACACGUCCCUGGACGUGGUAGAUGAGAAGAUCUCUGCAAUGGGGAAGGCGCUGGUGGACCAGAGGGAGCUCUACCUGGGUCUGCUGUACCCCACGGAGGACUACAAGGUAUACGGCUACGUGACCAACUCCAAGGUGAAGUUUGUUAUGGUGGUGGAUUCCUCCAACACGGCUCUUCGAGACAACGAGAUUCGCAGUAUGUUCCGGAAGCUGCACAACUCCUACACAGAUGUGAUGUGUAACCCCUUCUAUAACCCAGGGGACCGCAUUCAGUCCAGGGCCUUCGAUGGCAUGGUGACAUCUAUGAUGAUCCAGGUCUGUUGAGUGAGAACAUUGCUGCCUGUUGAUUGAAGAGAAGUGUUUUGUACAUAA